GCACCUGUACACAGAGGUUGAGGCUGUUCACUGCUCAGGCAGCCCAGGGAGCUGUGGGAUUCAUCCGCAAGGCAUGAGAGCUUCGAGGCUGCUGCUGCUUUGAGAGCCCCAGAUACUUGAAAAGGUUUGUGGAUGGCUCCUAGAAGAUCUUGAUUUGCUCCCAAGGAAAUAUUGUUUUACUGGGUUGGUUUCCUGUCAAACUGUCCCCCUAGUCCACCAUGAGCCAGCUAGACCCGGCCGAUGACUCGGAUCGCAGCCCUACAGCCCUGUGUGUGGUGUGUGGCCAAGCCCACUCCCUUGAGGAAAACCACUUCUACACCUACACCAAAGAUGUGGACGAUGACCUCAUAUGCCACAUCUGCCUGCAAGCUUUGCUGGACCCUCUAGACACUCCCUGUGGACAUACCUACUGCACACUCUGCCUCACCAACUUCCUGGUGGAGAAGGACUUCUGCCCUGUGGAUCGAAAGCCUGUAUUUCUACAGCACUGCAAGAAGUCCAGCAUCCUUGUCCAGAAGCUCCUCAACAAGCUGACGGUGGCCUGCCCUUUCGUGGAGCACUGCACUGAGGUGGUGCAACGCUGCGACCUCGAGCAUCACUUUCAAACCAGCUGUAAAGGUGCCUCCCACUAUGGCCUGACCAAAGACAGGAAGAGGCGCUCUCAAGAUGGCUAUCCAGACGGCUGUGCGAGCCUCACAGCAACAGUACUCUCCUCAGAGAUUUCUGCAGCUGCCACCAUCUCCUUAAUGACGGAUGAGCCUGGCCUAGACAACCCUGCCUACGUGUCCACAGCAGAGGAUGGUCAGCCAGCAAACAGCCCAUUGGACUCUGGCCGGAGCAACCGAACUAGGACACGGCCCUUUGAGCGAUCCACUAUCAGAAGCAGAUCUUUCAAAAAAAUAAAUCGAGCAUUGAGUGUCCUUCGAAGGACGAAGAGUGGAAGUGCAGUUGCCAACCAAGCUGACGAGGGCAGAGAAGAUUCUGAAAACCCCACUGCCCCUGAAGUCUUUCCAAGGUUGUAUCACCUGAUUCCAGAUGGCGAAAUUACCAGCAUCAAGAUCAAUCGAGUGAAUCCCAGUGAAAGCCUCUCCAUUAGACUUGUGGGAGGCAGUGAAACCCCACUGGUCCAUAUCAUUAUUCAACAUAUUUAUGGUGAUGGAGCGAUUGCCAGAGACGGCCGGCUACUGCCAGGAGACAUCAUACUAAAGGUCAACGGGAUGGACAUCAGCAACGUACCUCACAACUAUGCCCUGCGCCUCCUGCGGCAGCCCUGCCAGGUGCUGCGGCUGACUGUGCUGCGGGAGCAGAAGUUCCGAAGCAGGAACAACGGACAGGCACUAGACACCUACGGACCUCGGGAUGACAGUUUCCAUGUGAUUCUCAACAAAAGCAGCCCUGAGGAGCAGCUUGGAAUAAAACUGGUGCGCAAGGUGAACGAACCUGGGGUAUUCAUUUUCAACGUGUUGGAUGGUGGUGUGGCGGACCGACACGGUCAGCUGGAGGAGAACGAUCGUGUGUUAGCCAUCAACGGACAUGACCUUCGAUAUGGCAGCCCAGAAAGUGCGGCUCAUCUAAUUCAGGCCAGUGAAAGGCGUGUUCACCUCGUCGUGUCCCGCCAGGUUCGUCAGCAGAGCCCUGACAUCUUUCAGGAAGGCAGCUGGAACAGCAACGGCAGCCAGUCUCCAGGGCCAGGGGACAGGAGCAACACUCCCAAGCCCCUCCAUCCUGCGGUCACUUGUAAUGAGAAGGUGGUUAGCAUCCAAAAAGACCCCAGCGAAUCUCUCGGCAUGACCGUUGCAGGGGGAGCAUCACAUAGGGAGUGGGACUUGCCUAUCUAUGUCAUCAGUGUUGAGCCCGGAGGAGUCAUAAGCAGAGAUGGAAGAAUAAAAACAGGUGACAUUUUGUUGAAUGUGAAUGGGAUUGAGCUAACAGAGGUCAGCCGGAGUGAGGCAGUUGCGUUAUUGAAGAGCACAUCCUCCUCGGUGGUACUUAAAGCUUUGGAAGUCAAAGAAUGUGAGCCCCAGGAAGACUGCAGCAGCCCAGCAGCCCUCGACUCCAACCACAACACGGCUCCACCCAGCGACUGGUCCCCCUCCUGGGUCAUGUGGCUGGAAUUACCACGGUACCUGUAUAACUGUAAAGAUGUUAUAUUACGAAGAAACACAGCUGGAAGUCUGGGCUUCUGCAUUGUAGGAGGUUACGAAGAAUAUAAUGGGAACAAACCUUUUUUUAUUAAAUCCGUUGUUGAAGGAACACCAGCAUACAAUGAUGGAAGAAUCAGAUGUGGUGAUAUUCUUCUUGCUGUCAAUGGUAGAAGUACAUCAGGAAUGAUCCACGCUUGCUUGGCAAAGAUGCUGAAAGAACUUAAAGGAAAAAUUACUCUCACUAUUGUUUCUUGGCCUGGCACUUUUUUGUAAAAUCAAUGAUGGGUCAGAAAAAACAGGAGAUCACAAAUAACCUAAGUUGCAACAAUAUAGUUAUCUUGUCAAUUUUUAUAUUUAAAGGAUACAUUGUAAAAAUGUAAACUUUAAUGUCAGGAAAAGUAUGAUCUAAUGAAAGCCAAUUACACCUCAUAAACUAUAACUCUCAAAAUACAAACACUAAUAGUGUUUAUUCAGUGUGGAGGAUUUCUCAUUAUUUCAUAACUUUAAGUUUAUAUUUUUUUAUUCAAUAAAAAGCUCUGAACUAUUACCGAAAUGGUUUGUAUGCCCCCACUGAAUUCAAAUCAUACAACUAAAUUAAAAAUUUGGUAUCUGCUGAGGUCUGCAAAGGGUACAUUAUACAGCCAGAGGAUUUUAAAAGUGCAUUGCUGGAAAAUGUUCCUUUCAUCAAAUGAGAAAUAAAUAUUUUUCAAAAAUUAAUUACAGUUGUUGUCUUUUAGUAUGUGAUACUAAGUUUAUUUCUAUUAUCACUAAUUAAAAGAAGAUCCCAAUGGG